AUGCCUUUGAGGCAGAGAAAAAAGCUCAAAGCUAGUGGAAGACCCCAGGCCAAAGAUGAGACUAGUGGCCGCCAGAGUGCACAGGCCCCUGCAGCUGAAGGGGAAUCCCAGCCCUCAUCUUCUGGAGUUACUACCCGGAGAAAGGUUGCUGCCGGUUCAUGCGAUGCUCUUAAGCAACAGGGAGCCGCAUCUACCACAGCAUCCAUAGAUGCUCCUGGAACAAGCUCAUCCAAAAGAGCCAUCAAGAGAAAACAAAGUUCUUCUCAAGCCCCAGUCUCCACUGUGAGGUCUCCAAGAGAUGCUCUAACCAAUAUUGCAGGGACAUUGGUGCAGUUCAUAAUGCACACAUCUAAAAAGAAAAAGCCUAUUAUGAAAGCUGAUAUGCUGAAAAUUAUACCUAAAAAGUACCAAAAAGAUUUCCUUGAGAUUCUUAAAAGAGCUACUUGCAACAUAGAGGUGGUUUUUGGUGUUGACCUGAAGGAAGUUGAUUCUACUGAGCACUCCUACACUCUUGUCAGCAAAAUGAAUCUCCCCAACAAUGGGGUAUUGAAUCGUAGCAGGGGGCUUCCCCAAACUGGUCUCCUGAUGAAUAUCUUGGCUGUGAUCUUUCUGAAGGGCAACAGUGCUUCUGAGGAGACGAUCUGGGAAUUCCUGAAUAAGAUGAAGGUGUUUGCUGGAAAGAGACACUUCUUAUUUGGGGAGCCCAGGAAGCUCAUCACCAAAGACUUUGUGAAGCUUAAAUACCUGGAGUACCGCCAGGUUCCUAACAGUGAUCCUGCAUGCUAUGAGUUCCUGUGGGGUCCCAGAGCCUAUGCUGAAACCAGCAAGAUGAAAGUCCUGGAGUUUCUGGCCAAGAUCCAUAACACAGUGCCCAGUGCCUUCUCAACCAGGUACGAAGAGGCAUUGAGAGAUGAGAGGGAGCGUGCUGAAGCCAGUGACACUUAG